AUGGCUAGAAAAAAAUCUGACAAUAAAAAAUGGAAAACGAGACCAUCUCGUAAAAAAAGUAGCAAUCGUAAUAAAAAGCCAAGUAAAAUUCGAAAAAACAAUUGCAAAAGAUCGGGUACUAAAAAUCGUUUAAAAAAUGUAAAAGAAGAUUUAAACAGCGUUAUAACUAACGAUCGGCUAAUUGAAGAAUACUUAUUAACAGAAGAAAUAUUUGACACACGCAUAGUACACGAUUUUCUUACUGAAAGAUACUUAUCAGAAGUUCGACAAGUAUGGCUUCCUUGUCAAUGUUGUAACUGCGAACAUCCAUCUCACAAUAUGCAACCAGCAAAAGAAGAUCAUCAAAACUAUCAUGAUUGUAUUGCUGGCGAAAUGAUAUGUUCAUUUUGUUAUCAUUAUAAACCAAAAGACGAAUAUACCAUUUGUCCACAUGCACGUUUUAAAAAUCUAUUGGAAAUUACCUCAGUGCCUUUGUGUUUAAAAUUAGGUUUUCUCGAGCAAAGAGCUAUUGCCUUAAUGCAUUGCUAUAUGAGUAUUUUAAUUAUUCGUGGUCAUCAAUCAGCAAUGAAGGGACAGGUAGUACAUUGUCAAGCUGAUGUUGUCGACAAUAUAGGUGAUCUAUUACCAUUUCCUAAAUGUUAUGAAUUCAUGGCAGUUAUUCAACAAAAACCAAGUGAUCACAAUGGUGAAAUAAAAGCAACAGUGAGAUAUUCAGUCAGUGCUAUUCAAAUCUUGCGUGCUAUUCAAUAUCUUAUUAAACAUCACGUUGGGUAUAUAAAUAAACAAGUUCUAUCACUUGAGAAAAUUCAAGAAAUGUUUGAGUGUCGUAAAGAAGAAAUCGCUCUUAUUAGAAUUAUAGAUUCAUAUGCUUAUAAUAAUGCUACAACAUCUGCACCAAUUAUUUUAGAUAGUGAUGAAGCUUUACUCGGUCCCAGUCGUACUCUUAAAGCAGGCGAGGAUCUAAUUUGGCAACUUCAAUCUGGAAUGGAAGAAUCUACUUUUCCAUGGAUUUAUCCUACAGGAGAAGGAGGUGAACUUGAUCGUAAACGACCCAUUUCAUUAAAAAUUCGUGAUUAUUGCAAAUUACGAUUAAUGUCUGCUGAUAAAAGAUGGCAAGCUGAUCCGAUUUGGACAUUUAGAGCGAUGAAUCUUAUUCAAAGAGAUGAUUUGUGUAGUGCUGUUAAUUAUCAUGCAAAAAAAUACUAUAAAAAAGAUAAAUUAUGCUAUAAUAUAUAUCCGUCGAUUGGAAAAGCUGUUCGAGGCACAAGUGCUUAUUGGUCAACACCUAAGAAAAUACUACGUGCUAUGUAUGCAACUUUAUCUAAGCCUAAUAUUUUCUUAAGUAUUAAUCUACAAGAUGAUAUUGAAUUUUUAACACAUAUUGAUGAAAGCCGUUUCGGUAAUGUUAAUAAUCCAAAUUAUCACGAAAUCGAUAAUCUUUCUGACGAUGAUUAUUUACAACUUGUAAACGAAAACAGUGCACUCAUAGCACGCAUGUGUCACCGACGGAUGCUAGCUUUUGAGAAAUUUAUCACGGACAAGAGACAUCCAUUUUUCAUCGAUUAUGCUGUUGCUAAUUAUUUUUUUAAAAUUGAAUUUCAACGUGGUGGUCUUCCACAUUUGCAUACUUUGCUUUGGCUUAAUAAUUUUCCUAAUGUUGACACAUUAGAUGGACGUAAAACUAUUAUUGAAUUUAUCGAUAACUUUUUAACAACCUCAUUACCAGAUAAACAAACUGAUUUAGAAACACAUAUGCUUGUGAAAAAACAUCAAUGGCACAUUCAUACAUUCACAUGUUCUAAAGGUAAUGCUAAAAUUCGAAUACGUAGAGGACGAAAAUUCAAAGAUGAACAAUCAUCAACACUUGCCAACGAAAUUCAAAAUAAAGAUAUUAAUAAAAAUUAUUUACACGAAAACGAAAUAUAUGAACAAGUAGACCCAAAUAACGAUCCUGAUAUAACACAAACAUUUCGUUGUAAUCACGAUAUUCAAAUUAUUACUGAUCCAUGGGCUUCAGCUGAAUAUUUAUUUUCUUAUUUAUCAAAAAAUGCACAAUUGGAAAAAAAUUUAGUCUAUCAAAUGUCAAAUUGCACUUGCUCAAGUCUAGCAGAAGCUAAAAGUGUUCUUUUAAAAACAGGUAAUGCAAUUUUAUCUCAUCAUCAAGUUGGCAAAGUUGAAGCAUCAUGGACUGUACUAGGAAAAAUUCUAAAUGAACCAGUUGUAGAAAAUCCUCUUUGGCGUCAUGAUUUUGAACAACCACCAUUACUUCAAACUGCAAAUCUUCUACCUCGAAUAAUUUUAUCGUCUGGUUCAAUCUUAAUUCAACAUAAAAAACCAGCGUGUAUUAGUUUUCAUUGUCAUACUGAUGAUCCAGUUCGUGCUAUAUAUUCAAUGCUUUCAAUUGGUAUCCAAUAUCGAGAUCCAAUAGAACAAUUUUUAGGUGGUAAACAAGAUAAUGAUAUUAAAACAAUUCACGAAACAUUAUUGAAAUACAAAUCUAGCUUAUUAGAAAGAUUCAACAUAUUACCGGCAGCAUACAAAAUACAAAUGAUUAAUGCAUUAGAACGUUUAUGUGAUUUAAAUGCUCACGACUUCGUUACCAAAUCAAGAGAAUCAUUUAUUUUUCUAGACGAAGAAGAUGAAAAUACAGAAGAUGGGACAAAAGAUACUAUUCACCAAAAUAAUUCCAAAAAAAGUGCUGUUUCUACAACAAAUAAAGAAAAGAGUUUAACAAACGAUGUUACUAAAAAUGAAAGAGAAAAUUUUUUGAAUUCAAACAAGCUUCUAACAAAUAAUACAUAUACUCCAACCGAACAACUGUUAGCUUCAGCAAACUCAGAACAAAUUUUCUUAGCAAAUUUUUUUCGACAAUAUCUCGGAGCUUUAACGCAAUAUGAAGAUUCUCGUGAGCGAUGUAAAAAUGUAACGAAACCACUUCCUUUUCAUAUAGUAAUAAAUGGCUUAGCUGGCUCCGGAAAGUCUUAUGCAGUAUCUAUUAUUGAACAAAUGUUAACGGAUUUUUGUAUUAGUGAAUCAGCUGUUCGAAAUCGUCCACGAAAAAGAAAAGGAUUACUUAAAAUGGCUCAUACAGGCAAAGCUGCAUUAAAUAUUCAUGGUUGGACUAUUCAUACAGCUUUAGGAAUGCGACCAGAUAAUUCAUCAACUCCAAAUGAUGCAACAUCUUUUAAAAUACAUUCAUUAAAAGAUGGUCUUGGGGAUUUACUUUUAAUUAUUAUUGAUGAAAUUUCAUUAGUGUCACAUAGUCUGUUUCAAAAAAUUAAUAAAAGACCAAUCAAUUUUAAUAUUAAUAUGCGACAAGGAGAUGAUCGUUUAUUUUUUGAUAUACUUUAUCGGAUUAGACUAGGUCAAUACACAGACGAAGAUGAAAUCAUAAUAAAAAACAGAAGUAUUCGAGAAGAAGAUAACCCAAAACAUUAUCAAGAACGAUUAAAUGAAUUGAACUCUUUAGAUUUUGCUAAUGCUGUAUACGCAUACAGUGUGCGUUCUAAAACAAAUGAAAGAAAUUGUUUUAAAUUAAAAGAGAUUACAACUAGACUAAAAACAACAGUAUAUAUUAUUCAAUCGAUAGACAAAGUUGGCAUGGCUCGUACUCUGUUUUUCAAACCAUUACAAGCUACCAACAAACAAUGUAAAGUUAUUUUAAAACCAUCAGAUGACGAAAAUGAGUGUGGUUCAAUGCUCGAACAACUACAAUUGUGCAUAGGCGCACGCGUAAUUUGUCGACGUAACAUAGACUUUGAUCAAUCGAUAGUUAAUGGCACUGAAGCAACUGUAAAGAAUAUAGUUUGGAACAACGAUGAUGACAUUAUCUUACCAAUAUCAAACAAAUGUCUGUUCCCAUAUCUACAACGAGCACUACGGGUUACACUACCGAAGUAUGUCGAGUUAGAACUGGAUAAUGGUUCCAUAUAUAAGAUGACUCCCGAAGAAGUAAGCUUCAAAGACAAAAAUGGAAUUUGGAUGACACGUAAACAACUACCUCUGAGUCUUGGCUAUGCAAUCACAGUUCAUCGCUCACAAUGUAUGACUUACAACAAAUUAGUGAUUGACCUUACUGGUAUAAAUUGGAAACCGGGAAUGUUUUAUACUAUUUUAAGUCGUACACGUAAAUUAACAGAUAUUAUAAUUUUAGCAUACAAUCGUAAAUCAUUCAAAGUUUCAAAACCAGCACUAAAUGAAAUGCUUCGAUUACAAAAAUUAGAAGAAAAUUAUCCGAUUAAAAUUGAAGACUAUUUAAGAACUGAGAGAUAUAUUGAUUGGAAUUUAUCACAAUCUUUCAAAUUGACUGAACCAAUAUCAAGCAUGCGUGAAAAUGAUAUGAUUACGACUUCAGAACAAGAACAAAACUAUUGUGGACGUCAUGCACUUCGUGCAUUAACACAAAAUAUGGAUUUAUUUAGUGAUUCAUAUUUAAUAGAGAUCGCGAAAAAUUUAGCGAUUAAUGUGCAAAUAAUUCGAAAUACACAAUCGGUAAAUAUUAGUCAAUACACUUACAAAGAUAGUGGAGAUUAUGACAUUCAAAUUUUGAACUCUGCUCUUUUAAAUAUUUUUAAUAUUGAACUCAUACAAAUUCACAAUAUAGAAAUAACAACUUGCCCUCUCCGAAGUAUGAUCUUGUCUAAUACAGAACUAAUCCAAGGAUUUCUUAUUCAACAAAAUUAUCACUAUUACUGUUUACGUCGAUUUCGCUUAACAAAAGAAGUUUUUUUCAAAAUUGAUUCUAAAAUAUCAACCUACCACGAACGUAUUCCGGCUCAUUAUAUAUUGGAUUUUAUCAAAAGGCUUUUGCAAUGCAAAGCGAAUAUAUACAUACCUAUUGAACACUUGGAAACUGAAUCAACUCAAGAGCUCUCAAUUGAAAAAUUAGCUAAAAGAUUAUGGAUUUUGCAUGAAUCACCAGCCGAUUUAGAACCUUUAGCUUGUUCAUUUUAA